GGAGGAGGGGGAGGAGGAGGCGCCCAGCCACCAGGAGAGAACAUGUCGGAAGUGCUGCCUUAUAACGAGGAGAAGCUGGGCCCCUAUGGGGACGGGGGAGACGUGGGGCAGAUUUUCACCUGCCGCCUCCAGGACACCAACAACUUCUUCGGGGCGGCGCAGAACAAGAGGCCGCCCAAGCUGGGGCAGAUCGGCCGGAGCAAGAGGGUUGUUAUUGAAGAUGAUAGAAUUGAUGACGUGCUGAAAAAUAUGACAGACAAGGCACCUCCCGGUGUUUAAAUCCCCCAAAGACACUGAGAUGAGGGAGAAAAAAUAAUAAUGAUUACAACGUAACACGUUAUUGGCAAAAAAAAAAAAGCACUUUGAAAUCUUCAUUACUAGCCUGCGAUUCACAAUGCAACCAACAACCUGUAUCUUAAAUCAGGCUUGGAGACUGAAGAGGUGUGAGAAGGAUAGCAAGGAACAUGGCUGUAGGGACCUCUGCAAAAAAAAAAAAAAAGAAAAAAGAAUAAUAUAUAUAUACAUGAUGAAAUAAUAAAGUAUCAGUUG